GGGACCGGUCAACAUGGCGUCUCUGAAAAUUUUUUGAGAUUUUUGCUCUUAUUAUUUGGCUUGUAUUUCGAGUAAUCUAGAGUCUUUUGUGCAACCACAAGCAUGGAUACUGCAUCUGGAGGUGGAGAUUUCCCUGAUCAUCCACUGGGUUCAGGAGGUGAUCGAGGCCGUCCAAGAAUUGAGAGGUCCCUCAGCCGGCAUGACGUUGGCAACCAGGCCAGAUAUCUUCUUAACCAGUUUAUUCAAGAUCGGAUGAGGUCUGGUGGCUACCCGGAAGUCCCAUCUGAAGAUGUGCUGAUAGAACCAGGAACACCAGCAGCCAAAGAACUAGAGUCAGGGCCACCAAUUGACAGAAUUCGGGAAGUAGCUGAAGCUCUUCGAGUUAUUGGUGAUGAGUUGGACCAAGACCAGAGACUUCAGGGACUCAUCGAUUCUAUAUCCCCGGAUGCACCGCGGCAGACCUUCAUGAAUGUAGCUAGAGAGAUAUUUUCAGAUGGCGUGUUUAACUGGGGAAGAGUUGUAGCUUUAUUUUACUUUGCUUUUAGAAUGGUCGUCAAGGCCUUCAAUAAAGUAGCAGAUAAAGUUCCAUUAAUUAGGACAAUUAUAGACUGGGUGGUAUGUUUCAUAGUAGAUUACGUCGCACCUUGGAUUAUAGAGAGAGGAGGAUGGUCUGCCAUCCAAGAGUACUUUGGAUCAACCACCCUGCAGACAGCAGCUGUAUUUGUAGGCGGUGGACUUUGUAGCCUGUUAUUCAUAUGGUGGAAGAACUCGAAAUAGGAAAUCGACAAUAAUAUGCAUGUGGAAUGUGACAUUUUAAUUUGGACAGUAACCUAACUGAGUCACAACACUGGAGAUAAUAUGAGAUCUAAGGUUAUGAAAGCAGAUUGUCUAUGCAUUUCUAAUUGUCUGAUGUUGCGUAUCCAUAGACUGUUGACUUGUGUAGUUUUUCCCUAUCCCAUGUUCAUUUGUAACCCAUCACAGCAAAACCAGGUGCAUGUCACACAGAAGAUGAGCCUAAAUGACAUCAUGAGAUAAUGGAAGAAAUUAAAGUUCUCAGAUUUCACAAAAGGCAGACAACAUUGAAAUGAACAACCCGGUCUGUCUCAACUUGCCAAGCUUAGAGCAACAUGCGCCUGGUUUUACUGUGACGAGUCACAUUUAUGACCUUGUGGCACCCCAUAGGGGUGUAUAGUAACUUUGUUUGGCAGAUUGGGCAUUCUGAUAGGCUGUGCUGUGUCAACCUUUCCUCAUGUGCACAGCUCUUCUCCGCAUGCGUGCUCUUUUGACUUGAAAUGUAAAGAAUGGACAUAUUUGUCAGGUCUCAAGGUCAACACGCCACAAGUCUGCAAUAGAGAACAGUCUGUUCAUACGCAGCCUCGGGCAUUCUGUGUCUUUGGUAAACACCCUGAGAUUAGUGACUGACUGAGAUUUUUCCGUGUGGGUAUCAAACCUAUGAAAUAAAAAAUUUACAUUUAUAUACUGCUAAAUCAAAAAUAUUUACUCUAACGCGUUUCACAAACAUAUUCUGCACUCUCUCCUCGAUUUUGACAUUUCUAUGUCAAGAGAUGGGGAAUUUUAUCUAAAAAAUAUGGUACUAUUACAGUCAUGUUGGUUAGAUAUCUCUGGGAAUCUUGUGACAAUGUAGCAUUCAAUAUUCAAACAAUUUUAUAUACUAAUAGUUUGAGUUGGAGUGUAGUCACUGUCUGCAAGGCUCCAAAAUGGGCUUGCACCAGAAUGAUGGCUCGGCUCUCAUUGGCUAGAUAGUACAGUUGGGUACUCAUUUUAGACAGAGGGUGAUUAAUUGCGUCAUAAAUGUGUCAUUAUCAUCAGGAUUUGUUAUCUGUCUUGAUUGCUUGAAAAUAUUUCAGCUUGCAUUUUCUCAGCUCUCGGCUCUCAUUGGAUGGAUAGUACAGUUGGGUACUCAUUUUAGACAGAGGGUGAUUAAUUGCGUCAUAAAUGUGUCAUUUUCAUCAGGAUUUGUUAUCUGUCUUGAUUGCUUGAAAAUAUUUCAGCUUGCGUUUUCUCAAUUCUCUUGUUUCUGAGUUUCUAUUCAAAUGCUUAUGGUAACACCAGGAAUAAAUAACAGUUGGUCUUUAUUUAUUCUUGGUAGAUUUGAUAAGACAUUGUAAUAAAAAGCAAUUAUGUCUCUAAGACGAAAUCUCCCUGAUUUGGCUUGGGAUAUUCAUCGAAUACACAAUAGCAUAAUACUUCAAAGUCUUUAUACUGUAGAGACACAACAUGUGAGUCUAUGAUAUCGAAAACCCAUCACUUCACACUUGCUUGGUCGGAGGUAACAUUCUCUUAAAUCUUCUUGUCAUCAUGUAAAUAUUAUAGAAUGAUUAUAGAUUAUGAAAAACAUUGAAAUGAAAUAAAGUAUAUGAUAAUGUU